GUGAGAGGAGACUGCAGUCACUGCCUAUGGGAGAGAUCAGACUAUGUUACCACAGCUCUGAGACGCUUUAGCCCAUACAGUUAUUGAUAUUGGAUGGGCCACCUUGCGAAGGGGAAUACCACAUUUGACUGGGACGCUGCACCUAGUCUUUGACAAUGAAGUUCAACCUGUUCAGAAGGCCACAGGCUGUGGCAGCCGCCGAGCCCACUGGUGUCACCACCAUGGCCAUGGCUCCCACCCCGGCUGUCGUCUCCACCUCUGCACCAGAGACCCCUGGCUCCAACAACACAGAGAUCAACAAGAAUGACAUGUUUGAAGAGAUCAAGAGCAAAUUUUUGAAUGAAAUUGAUAAAAUCCCAUUGCCUCCAUGGGCUCUGAUUGCCAUCGCUGUGGUGGCUGCAUUGCUCAUGCUUACCUGCUGCUUCUGCAUAAUCAAAAAAUGCUGCUGCAAGAAGAAGAAGAACAAGAAGGGAAAGAAGGGCAAGGAUGGCUUCAACAUGAAGAACAUGCAAGGUGGUGAGAAACUCCAGGACGAUGAUGAUGAUGAGGGAGAGACCGGACUGACUGAGGAGGAGAAAGAGGAAGAGGAAAAAGAACAAGAGAAACUGGGGAAGCUGCAGUAUUCUAUAGAUUAUGACUUUGAGAAUACAAAGCUCACAGUUGGCAUUCUUCAAGCUGCGGACCUCAUGUCCAUGGACUCAGGCGGUACCUCUGAUCCUUACGUUAGAGUCCUGCUCCUACCCGACAAGAAAAAGAAGUUUGACACCAAAGUCCACAAGAAAACACUGAACCCUGUCUUCAAUGAGACAUUUGUAUUCAAGGUGCCCUAUGAGGAGCUCGGUGGAAAGACUCUGGUGAUGUCUGUUUAUGACUACGACCGAUUUUCCAAGCAUGAUGUCAUUGGUGAGGUGAAGAUUCCAAUGAACACCAUCGACCUUGGUCGGCCAAUUGAGGAAUGGCGGGAUCUGGAGAGUGCCGAUCAGGAGGAGCCUGAGAAACUUGGAGACAUCUGUAUCUCCCUCCGUUACGUGCCCACCGCUGGGAAACUCACUGUCUGCAUCCUGGAGGCAAAGAAUCUGAAGAAGAUGGACGCCUGUGGAUUAUCUGAUCCUUAUGUAAAGAUCCAGCUGCUGCAGGGGGGUAAGCGUCUGAAGAAAAAGAAGACUACAGUGAAGAAGAACACCCUGAACCCUUACUAUAAUGAAUCCUUCAGCUUUGAGAUCCCGCUGGAACAGAUGCAGAAAAUCUUGGUGGCAGUCACAGUGUUUGAUUAUGACAAGAUUGGUAAAAAUGAUGCCAUUGGAAAGAUCUUCGUGGGCAGUAAGGCAACCGGCCUAGGUCUGAAGCACUGGUCUGACAUGCUGGCAAAUCCACGUCGUCCCAUUGCCCAGUGGCAUCCAUUGCAGCCAGAGGAGGAUAUUGAUGGUCAGCUGGCAGCUUUGGCUGCAAAGAAGUAACAUGCUCCACCAACCAGCUAAUGCACUAACUCAGAAAUCCAACCCCCACCCCUACUUUGCAUGAAACCCAUGACUUAACACAUGACUACUCGUCAUGAAACCUGCUCAGCAAAAAAGAGACAUCUAAGAAUAUCCGUCAACUCAUGGUUAAGUCGAAGAAACUCUUUUUAAGCAUCACAUGACAUCACAUUCACACUUUAGUGUAUGCUGAGAGGAGUGGCGUUGAGUUAUCGGGUGACUGGUUCAUGAAUGAUCAACUUUUGGUCUUUUGUUUGUUUGAAGAAACUUAGAAACAUAUUCGUAGGGUGCUGACAGUGAACGAAAGUCUUGGUGAAGACAGUGCUGGAAAUAAAGCUUUAGUUUAGUUUAUAGAGCAUGCUUUACUUACCUCCCCACUGCUGCUCUGCCUACACCAUGCCCAGUAUUGUAUCUUGCUAAUAAUUGUGCUAUAACUUGCAAUAGAAAGUACUGUAGCAUUGGGUUAUUUAAUGCAUAGAGUAAAUUUAAGUCUAUUGAAACAGCAAAGAUUUAAUUGAGAAUGAAUGAGGCCGAGGUCAAGGACUGCAGCGAUCUGUGGUGCAAUAUAUUUUCAAAAAAAAUCCUGCAUAUAAAUGAUUGUGUUCAUUAUAUUCACUCACCUUUGAGAAGGAGACAAAUACAGUGCAAGUACAGCAUAAUACAGUAUGGCAGUGGUGACACAGCUGUCUCAUUUAAGUUGCUUGUUUUGUGUUGCCAUGAAGGCACAUCUAUGCAUUUAUGUUCGACAUACAUUUCUGUGUCUUCAGACAGAUCUAAUGUAGGACAGGAAUACAAGGGUGCCUUUCCUUAUGACAAACAGGAUGAUUCAUUGUUUAAUCAAGAAGGGAAGCUUUUACAGAGUGAAUAUCAUUUAAAUGGAGUCAGGGAAACUGUGAAUGUGCCAUCUGCAAUCAGUCUUGAGCUAUGUUGACCACUUGGAUGUAAAACCUUACUUAUCUGUAGACAAAGUAAGGAUAUUUGAAGGCUUACCAAUGAUGUUCAAACCAAUUAUAACUAUGCUUCUUUUAAACCGGUUCAUGAAAACAGUGCCAUCUAACAUAUCUUUGUUUUCCAUUAAACAGAUUAAAUGUCUUUCUUUGACAAAUGUUUUAGUUUACCAAACAUACUGUUCUACACCUUAAUAUUUUAACAGCCUCUGGUGAAACAACACGAGCAUUUCUGUCAAAGAUAAGAUGUUUUUAUACAGAACUGAAUUUGAAAUGUGAGAUGUAGCUGCACUUUUUAAGAGAACAUGAAUUCAAGUACAAGACACAGGUUUGUAAAAUCUCAACAGGGCAAGCAACAGGCAGACAUAUAGUACAAUAAACAUAUUUUGGACCAUCUGCUUUAACCAAACAGAGCUGCAGAAUCUAGCAUGCCCCCUAGUAUUUCAUGUUGUUUGGUUCGUUCACUCAUCAGCCACAUGCUUUGUAAACUUGGAGUGCUGCAACAUGUUACAUGUCAUGAUGAUGGUCAGGUGAUGUGCAGAGGUAUGGAGGCAAAAAAUGCCAUGAGGAUUUGAAUUUUAGAAGCAACUCAACACCUAAUUUUGAAGUU